UGUGAAUGGAAGAGUCACAGACCCUCCAAAAACGAGGACAGCGUCCACUACUCUCUCACAGAACCAAUUUUAUAAACACAGAGUUUUAGAGAGAGAGAGAAGCGAGAAGAGAGAGAGAGAGAAAGCGGAGAAAAUUAAGCCGGAGGAGCUCGGGAAAUCAAUUUCUUCCGAUUUGUGGAACCGGGAACGAAAAGGGGUCGUUUUGUAUUUUUUUCUUUUGUUUUGAAUUCGAGGCUUUUUUCUCCGACUUGGGUUUUGCGAUUCUUGUGGAAUGGUCGUCUUCUUCUACGUAGAUCUCGGAAUUUGUCAAUACUCCGGAGCUUCGGAAUUCCCAGAUCUUUGAUUCGACGGUCGGAUUCCGAUCGCUCUGCGUUCGAGAUUCAGCUCGAGAACUCAGAUUCUUUAACAUCAUUCACAUUGAAAAUUUGAUUGGACGUUUUCUGGGUCCAAAUCAUCCUGAUAUAGUAUUGGCCGUUGGCUUGUGCUGGACACAACUUACAUCAUUUAUUUAUGAAGUAGUGAUGCAUUUGUUUUAGAUGAAGACAGGUCAAAAGUGGCGGUUAGACAUGGGCGAUAUGAAAAUUCUGCCUGGUCCUCGACAACGUCCUACCAAGAGGCCAUUAUGGAUCAUUAUCUUGGUUUCUAUGGUCAGUGUGUUCCUAAUAUGUGCCUAUAUCUAUCCACCCAAUGGCUCAGGUGCCUGCUACAUAUUUUCUUCUAAGGGCUGCAAGGUUAUUACUGACUGGCUCCCACCCGCACCUGCAAGGGAAUAUAGUGAUGCCGAGAUCGCAUCACGUAUUGUUAUUAGAGAAAUUUUAAACACACAUUCUGUUUCAACAAAAACUCCUAAAAUUGCAUUCUUGUUCUUGACUCCUGGUUCCCUGCCUUUCGAGAAGCUAUGGGAUAAGUUUUUUGAGGGCCAUGAAGGGAAAUUCUCUGUUUAUGUCCAUGCAUCAAAGCAGAAGCCAAUACAUGUUAGCCGUUAUUUCGCUGGCCGGGAAACUCAUAGCGAUGAGGUUGUUUGGGGUAAAAUUUCCAUGGUCGAUGCAGAGAGAAGAUUGUUAGCAAAUGCUCUCCAUGAUCUUGAUAAUCAGCAUUUUGUCUUACUUUCUGAUAGUUGCGUACCGCUUCAUAACUUUGAUUAUAUCUACCAGUUUUUGAUCUAUACAAAUAUCAGCUAUGUGGACUGCUUUAACGAUCCUGGUCCACAUGGAAAUGGGAGGUACUCAGAGCAUAUGCUACCUGAAAUUGAGAUGAAAGACUUCAGAAAGGGUGCUCAGUGGUUCUCGAUGAAACGACAACACGCUUUGAUUGUUGUGGCUGACAACCUUUACUACUCAAAAUUUCGAGAUUAUUGCAGGCCAGGCCUGGAGGGCCACAAUUGCAUUGCAGAUGAGCAUUAUUUGCCCACCUUUUUCCAUAUAACGGAUCCUGGAGGGAUUGCAAACUGGUCUAUUACUCACGUCGAUUGGUCUGAAAGAAAGUGGCAUCCGAAAUCGUAUGGGGCUCAAGAUAUUACGUAUGAACUUCUGCAAAAUAUCACGUCGAUCGAUGUAAGUGUGCACGUUACAAGUGACGAGAAGAAGGAAGUGCAAAGAUGGCCAUGCUUGUGGAACGGUGUACAGAGGCCGUGUUACUUGUUUGCGAGGAAGUUCUAUCCCGAGGCUCUAAAUAACCUUCUAAACCUCUUCUCCAACUACUCGUCGAUUUCAAACAGAAAAUUUUGACUUGAUAUUCUUUGAUCAUAUCAGUUUGUUGCUUCGAACAAACCCGUCCGCUCUUACAACAAGAAAGUCAGAAAAAAAACGCCACAUCUUGUGAAGGCUAAAACAAAGCCAACCAUUGUUUGAUGACAGUGAAGGUAGGAGGGAGGGAGGCUAAACUGGGGAGUUUGCUUCCUUAUGGAAAGUGAUUUGAUGUGAAUUUUUUUAUAUAAUUUAAUCCAUUUUGGGGCAUUUUGUGGGUCAUCACUUUGUAAAAGAUGACAGUGAAAGUAGCAAAUAGGCAUUACAGAAGUAGUCGUAUCUUGAAUCUCAUGGUUAAUUAAAGCAAACAUUCUUGCCUUA